CCACCCAUCAGCGAGAUCAGUCGGUCGGUGAUCUUUGCACGAAACGUUCGUAAGUUUUUGGUUCCUUCGCUUCGUAUGUGACACUGAAACGUGAAGACGCCGCCAUAUUGGAAAUUGGAGCAAAAUGCGUCUUCUUUGGCCGCUCGCGCUGGCCGCACUGCUUGUUUUGGCCCGGGCCAAGCGCGAAAUACCUGUGGGUGCCAUCUUCCACGAGGACAACUACGAGGCCGAGGUGGCGUUCCGGUACGCGAUCGAGCGGGUCAACAUGCACGAGAAGCACUUCGAGAUGACGCCGAUCAUCAAGUACGUGUCCCCGGACGACAGCUUCAAAACGGAGAAGAAGGUUUGCGAGCUGGCGUCCGAGGGCGUCACGGCGAUCUUCGGCCCGAGCUCGAUGCUGACGUCCGGGAUAGUGAGCUCGAUCUGCAAAACGAUCGAGAUUCCGCACAUUAUUACGCACUGGGAUCCGGAACCGCUGGGCGGGAUCGACCCGGAGCUGCAGGCCAUGACGAUCAAUCUGUACCCGGAAGCGGACGUGUUGUCGCGGGCGUUGCGAGACUUGAUCGUGGAUUACAGCUGGAAGAGCUUCACGAUCAUAUACGAUAGCGACGAGGGGCUGAUGAGGCUGAAGGACGUUCUGCAGAUCCAUGGCCCGAACGACAAUCCGAUCACGGUUCGGCAAAUCGACGACGACCCGGACUACCGACCGCUGCUGAAGGACAUUGCGUCGUCCGGAGAGAGUCACAUCAUCCUGGAGGUCCACCCGGACAAGAUCUUGGAGAUCCUCCGGCAGGCGAAAGAGGUCAAGAUGCUGGAAGAGUACCAGAGCUACAUCAUAACCUCACUCGAUGCUCACACGCUGGACUUUGAGGAGCUCAAGUACUCCAGGUCGAACAUCACGACGCUGCGGCUGAUGGACACGAAGAGCUUCGACAUCAAGAACGCCGUUCACGACUGGGAGCAGGGCGAAGCUCGGAUGAAGCGGGUCUUCCGAGUGUCUCCGGAGCACGUUCGGACCGAAUCAGCGCUGUACAACGAUGCCGUCAAGAUCUAUGCCACGGCAAUUCGAGAACUGGAUGCAACCGAGGAGAUUACCCCGUCCAGACUGUCCUGCGGAAGCAAGAACCUGCGCCAGUGGCCGUUUGGGCUGCGGAUCGUCAACUACAUGAAGGUCAAGACGGAGUACGGCAUCACCGGACCGAUCAUCUUUGACGACAACGGCCGGCGGACGCACUUCCAGCUGGACAUUAUCGAGCUGCACCAGCAGGAGGGCUUCAAGAAGAUCGCCAUCUGGGACCCUCGCGGCGGAGUCAACUACACGCGCAGCAUCGACGAGGUCCACCUGCAGAUCGUGGAAUCGCUGCAGAACAAGACGUUCAUCGUGGCGUCGCGCAUCGGGGCACCGUUUUUGACCUGGAAGGAAAAGAAGGAAGGCGAAUAUCUGGAGGGGAACAACCGCUUCGAAGGGUACUCGUUGGAGCUGAUCGACGGAAUCUCGAAGAUCCUGGGCUUCCAGUACCGCAUGGAGAUCGUGCCGGACGGCAAGUACGGAUCGUACAACAAGGCUACCAAGAAGUGGGACGGACUAGUCAAGUAUCUGCUGGAUCGGAAAGCGGACCUGGCGAUUUGCGACCUCACGAUCACGUACGAGCGCCGAACGGCUGUGGACUUUACCAUGCCGUUCAUGACGCUUGGUAUCAGCAUCCUGUAUGCCAAGCCUGUGCCCCAACCAAAGGAUCUGUUCUCCUUCUUGUCUCCGCUUUCCCUGGACGUCUGGAUCUACAUGGCUACGGCGUACCUGGGCGUGUCAGUGCUGCUGUUCGUGUUGUCCCGUAUGGCCCCAGCCGACUGGGAGAACCCUCACCCCUGCAAGCAGGACGAGGUCGAAGAGGUGGAGAACAUCUGGAACAUGCUGAACGCGCUCUGGCUGACGAUGGGCUCGAUCAUGGGUCAAGGUUGCGACAUUCUGCCAAAAGCUGUUUCAACGCGCGUGGUCGCCGGCAUGUGGUGGUUCUUUGCGCUGAUCAUGCUCUCGUCCUACACCGCCAAUCUGGCCGCGUUCUUGACGAUGGAGCGCAUGGACGCCAGCAUCGAGAGUGCCGAGGAUCUGGCCAAGCAGAGCAAGAUCAAGUACGGAGCGGUGCUGGGCGGCAGUACGCUCAGCUUCUUCCGCAGCUCGAACUUUUCGACGUACCAGCGCAUGUGGGCCGCGAUGGAAUCGACCCGCCCGUCCGUGUUUACCAAGAGUAACGACGAAGGUCGCGAUCGAGUGCUCAAGGGACGUGGACUGUACGCGUUCUUGAUGGAGUCGACAUCGCUGGAGUACAUUACGGAGCGGUACUGCGAGCUGACGCAGAUCGGGGGUCUGCUCGACUCGAAGGGCUACGGUAUCGCGAUGCCAGUCAAUUCGCCGUAUCGAACCGCAAUUUCCGGCGCCGUACUGAAGAUGCAAGAGGAAGGCAAGCUGCACCAGCUUAAAACCCGCUGGUGGAAGGAGAUGCACGGUGGAGGUCGCUGUGACGAAGCCGCUACGACCUCAUCCGGCGAUUCAGCGGCCGAACUCGGCAUAGACAACGUCGGUGGCGUCUUCGUCGUCCUGGCGUUUGGUUGUUUUUGCGCCUUCGUGAUCGGAAUACUGGAGUUCCUCUGGAACGUGCGCAAGGUGGCAGUGGACGAGAAGGUCACCCCGUGGGAAGCGCUCAAGGCGGAACUCAAGUUUGCCCUCAAUCUGUCGAUUACGACCAAACCGGUGCACAACACGCUCAGCGAGUCCGAGUCGGCCAAGAGCUCGAUGCGGUCCAAGUCGGAGUCGAGGCGGGGUUCGGAGUCGGUGGGCAGACGGUCCAACAACAUCCGGACCGGGGCGAGCCUCAUGAAUGUGGACAAGAUUGGGUUUGUGUUUAACAACAAUAACAAAUGAAUGUUUGAAAUUGUUAUUAGAAGAAAUGUAUUGUUUGUGUGGCACAAAGAGUUUUAUUAAUUGUAGAAAGUGUGAAGAGAUUUCAUUAUUGUGCAAUAAAGAUAUAGUGUUUGUCAACA